AUGGCGUCCACGCUCCCUCCCCCAGCACCCUCCGGCGGUAAUUUGUCUUGGACAAGCCAGACUGAAGCCACACGAGGGAGUUGGAGUAGGAGUGGCGAGUCUGGAUCAGCAACUCGCGGAACGAACAAGGGAAAAUCAGGGGGACGAGGGGCUCGGAGCGCACGCGGUGGACGGGGUAGUAGCCGAGGAGGUGCGGCACCCAGCCAGGGCGGGCACCAGUCAUCGAAGGAUGAAAGCAAGGACAAAUCUCUUUCCGAAGUUGCGAGGACGCCGGCAGAGCCGCCCUCUGUAGCUAGUGCUGCAGUGCCGCCCUCGAGCAAGCCUUCUGGCCGAUCCAAGCCUGCUAAGAAGGUACCUGAGAUCAAGGUCUCCCGCAAAGCAUCUGCCAAUGGGGCUGACUCUGUGCCCCCGACACCGCUUAACCCUCCUCCUGUGAACGGCAAUACUUCCCGCGCGUCCAAUCGGCGGAAACGUUCGUCAAGCAAAGCGGUCUCUGCCGCACCUUCGAAGUCAUCUCUCUCGUCCGAGUCAAGUGCUAGCCAGCUUCGUCCAGACCGUAUAGCAUCUGUAUCCAAGGAUCUCCCUCCUCAUCUUGCACCUCCGCCAGAGCAGCCUCCACAUGACACGAGGCACAACAUCGACGCUCUCGUAGAGCGCGUCCGCGCCAUUGCCAUGGAUAGGCCGCACACGCCGGGUAGCCACUUUGAUUGGGCCAGCGAUGACGAUGAUAGUCUACCUGAACUUCCCGACUGGGGAGUCAGCACCAGUCAAACGGAUGUUUCUGUUCAGUCUGGCAAAGGAAGUAUCAUCUCGCCUAUACUGGAAGAUGCUUUGAAGCCACUUCCAAGCAUUGACCCUGGUACCCCCAUAACGAUUUCCUUGGAUGGCCGCCCUGAGGACCAGCACGAUGGCAUCUCGGCUGAGACGCCUUCGAUUGCUAAGCCUGAGAAGAAGGAGCGGGAACGACGCCCACGCAGGGAAUCGAAGACGGAGCAGGCUACGGGUGGACCCAAGACGGAUACUGCCGAAGAUCUUGGUGACAAGCCCAAAGCUGAGACGCUGAACUCGACGUCAGAGCCGCAUGCUUCAGGGAUGCCGUCUCCCAAUGUAAAACAUUCUCUGCACCCUUCAUUACCUCGCAAACCUGUCGCGGUGCUGGAUCCCGUUCCUCAUAAGCGACAGCCGCGCCUCAAAGGGUUGGCCGAAUCAAUGCAUGCUUCGUUGCCCUCGAAGCCGACUGGUCAAGAAUCUGCCACUCAGAAUAAUGCAGCUCCGUCGAAGGAUGCACCAAAUAAGCCCGCGGGUUCUAACGAGGUGGAGACCAAGGCUCACUCUCCUGCGCAGAGCGUCACAAAGCCCGCGGAUACCCCCAUCCCUGCCUCCAUGUCCGCUCCGAGCUAUCUUUCAAGCCACCCUAUCCCGGACUUGCCACCCCACCAGUCCGGGCACGUUCGUUCACGCACCCUUGGGAGGGCGCACAAGCAGCCGCAUAGCGCGUCCGUCACCAGCUUUCCUGGCCCCACGUCUGAUUCGGACCGUGUAUUGAGGGGAGACGGCGGGGCUCAUGCACGAACGCGUUCGACCCCACCGGCAGGUUCUGGUGCGUCGCACGGACACACGCGUUCGAUGCACGCGACGCGACCCAUUAUUUCGGGAGACGCCAUUUCCAGGCUUGCGAAGACCUUGGGCGGCUCACCUCUGCAGCGACGAUCUCCCCCUACUGUUUCCAUCUCCAAAGACUGACGGACAGUCCCUAUUUUCGCUCAAAAAACUAUCUACGACAAAUCUGCUCCUAUGUAGUGUAUCUCCUUAAUCCUCGCUGCCUUCUCGUCUGUUAUCGCUUGAUACCCACCCGAUUGGUUGCUCUCUGUCCGCAUACGCUGCAAAAUAAUCACCUCGAGUCUCGGAGUCUAUAUUGUACCAACAAACAUGCUCGGGUCCCGCAAGAUCCCAAAUAAUUAUAUGUUCCCGGACCA